AGGUAGUCAGACCAUUUUGAUAGUCUUUCUUCCAGAAUGACUGUUGAAAAGAAAACCCUAAGCUGCCUAAAUCAACGGCCUUUUCAAUUUAAAAAAAUCUAGCUUAUUGAAGUAAUGUUUCUGAGAAACGCGACGGGAUUUAAAACAGAGGAAAUAACUCCGAGCUAACAGGUAGGUAGAAGGGCAAUGCACAUCCUGACAAUAUGAGACAUGACAAUUUGCAGAUGCAGGGGAAAAUAGGAGGCCUUUCAAUUGCAAAGUUGGCAAGGUAUUAGAGUAUAAGCACUUGGUGGUGUAUACAGAGAUGGUAGAUCUUAUGUACAGAUGACCCCAGCUUCAAAAAAGACGAUUGUACUUUAAAUGUGGCAAAAAAAAAAACAGAGUGUGGCUUUUGUUAUGAGAGCAGCACAAAAUAGCAGAACUAGACCCGAAGAGAUAAUUUAUAUAGGAACGUGGUCUUCUCAGACGUAAUCAGUGGCAACUGAUGAAUGGAGACCAUUAUAACACUUCGAUGCCUUAUAAAACCUGGGAAACUUCAUAUAACCUUGGAAGAAAUCUCUCACUCUCAAUACCACCAAACGACAGAAAAUUUCUCCCUAUAUCCACAAUAUUAUUGUCUUCUGCUCAUAUUUGGAUGCAUUGGGAUCCUUAUUUUCAUUAUGACAGUGAUUGGCCUGAAGUUCUGGUAUAAAAAAAUGGAUUUCUCCCAGAAUGUAAAUAUCAGCAGUCUAUCAGGACACAAUUAUUUGUGCCCAAAUGACUGGCUGUUGAACCAAGGGAAAUGUUACUGGUUUUCAACUUCUUUUAAAACGUGGAAAGAGAGUCAACGGGAUUGUACACAGCUACAGGCACAUUUACUGGUGAUUCAAAAUGUGGAUGAGCUGGAGUUCAUACAGAACAGUUUAAAACCUGGACAUUUUGGUUGUAUUGGACUAUAUGUUACAUUCCGAAACCUAUGGAUGUGGAUAGAUGAACACUUUUUAGUUCCAGAAUUGUUUUCGGUGAUUGGACCAACUGAUGAUAGGAGCUGUGCCAUUAUCACAGGGAAGUGGGUGUAUUCUGAAGACUGUAGUUCCACAUUUAAGGGAAUUUGCCAGAGAGAUGCGAUCUUGAUGCGCAAUAGAACCAAUGUUGUAUAAAUGUACAACAAAAUGUAGAAAUACUUUGCAUGUUAAAGCACAGCCAGAUUUUAAAGACUUGGGUUUUUUAGGUAAAGUUUCUAACAGAAAGUUUCUGCUAACAGACAUCAUCUAAAUAAGAGAAAAGUAUUUUAUCCUAAAUUGAUCACAAAGACAACUUCUGAACAGAACUUUUACUCUAUACUUGGAUUUCUGGUUUGUCUUUUCCAUGGCAUUGAUAAUAAAAGCUAAAUAAAAAGUUAGUAAUUCUUUUAAUAGUUAUUUAAUAGUUUGAUAUUUUUUGCAAUUAAAAUAGCAUAGAAUAAAACAACUUUAAAGGAAUGUUAUUUAGCUAUAUGUGCUAUGUGGUAGAUUGGAAGGAAAGAAGCAGUAUAUGUACAAAUAUAAUAUUUGAAGCACGGAAUUCUGAAUUUUUCAUUUGUGUAUCAUAGCCUGAAGUGUUUGGCGGGGAGCGGGUAAUGAGAAAUUACCUAAUAUGUAUAAUGUACAAUAUUUAGGGGAUGGAUAAACUAAAAGCUCAGACUUCUCCACUCUGAUUCAUGUAACAAAAUUAUACUUGUACCGUUUAAACGUAUACAAAUAAAAAAAAUAAAGUCAUGUGGCCAAAUAUUCAAAACAAAAAGAAUAAAAGCAAAUC